UUUUUUGAAAAGUGUGGUUAAGUAGUUGUCAUCUACCGCAACCAGAUUUACGUGGAUGUACGAAAUUAGAAAAAUCAUAACCUGAAAAUAAUCAAAUUCUCUAUAAAUUUGGUUUGUGAUGAAUAGCGAUGCGUAUAAUUUCGGGCAACUUUAGGGCGCUCCUCAAGAACAACACAGCCCAUCUGAUUCAUCGUUAUUUCAAUUCGAAGCCCCCAUGGAACGUGCUCUUCUUCGGAACGGACAACUUUUCUCUAGCCAGUUUGAAGGCCUUAAACUCGUUGAACGAUAAGUACAUUGGUAAGCUGGAGGUGGUGACGAGCGCCAAGAACAACAUCGUCAGGAAGUACGCGAUCGAUGAGAAAUUGGUGCUGCACAAUUGGCCCGAGUUCCCCAGAGGAGUUUUCGAUAUUGGAUUGAUUGUUUCCUUUGGCCACUUGAUCCCCAAAGAUGUCAUAAAUUCAUUUCCAAUGGGAAUGUUGAAUGUUCACGCCAGUCUUCUGCCGAGGUGGAGAGGUGCUGCUCCCAUUAUUUACGCUAUAGCCAACGGCGAUCUCAAAACUGGUGUCAGCAUAAUGAAGAUUCAUCCACACAAAUUUGAUGUUGGUGAAGUCCUGCGGCAAGAUUCCAUCAACAUAGAGGAAGAUGUCAGGAUGCCGGAACUGCAUCAGAGGCUUGCUACUCUCGGUGCUGAUAACUUGAUUGAAACUAUAAAGAAAUUACCUGAUUGCUUAAAGGAGGCUGUGCAACAGUCCAAAGAAGGAGUGACUUUCGCGCCGAAGAUAAGUUCGUCCAUGGCGAACGUCGAUUUCCGCAGGAAAACUUGCAAGGAAAUCUACGAUCUAGGCAGAGCCUUGACCGGUGUGUUUCCGUUGCUCGUGCAUUUCCAAGAUAAACCGGUCAAAUUGCAUAACGUCAGCUGUUACGAGAGGUGCGAGCAUUCCGAAGUUCCCGGUACAAUCGCGUUCGACAGGUCCAAGAAGAUUGUAAAAGUGUUUUGCACGGACGGUUUCGUUGCCGUGGACAAAUUGGGUGUGCUGAACAAGAAAGUGAUGAACGCGAGUGAAUUCAAUAAUGGUUACUUAAAGAAAACGGACGUUCGGAUAUUCAGGUUUACAUAACUAACAAGAUGUUACGGUAUAUCAGAAUGCAUGUAGAAAGUGCAGUGUAAUAAGAAUUUGGAUAAAUCAAAUCGUGGAGAUGCAUUGGGUAAAUGUAAAUUUCGUCAAUAAUAUAUAUUACCAAACUGUAGAUUUAAUUUAAAAGAGAAAAAAACCGGUUGUCAGGAAAGUUUAUGUAACUGUUUUUGGGAAAAAUUUCCAGCAUUAAUUAAAAUUUCACGUGAUAUGUCGAUACUGAAAUGAAGUAGAAAGUGCGCUACAAUGGGACUUUGUACUUUUGUAUUAUUAUUUUUACGUUAUUUCGAUUUAUUCGAUCAUUUGCAAACAAGUCGUUGUAGUAGCAGCGCAAUUGCUUUAUAAAUAGAAGAGCAGAAGCUUUUGCCAUCAGUCAAGGGAAGCGCUGAAAUAAAUGAAAAUUCAAGUUCAAGUCGUCCUGACGACGAUGUAAACAGAUGCAGGCAGUGGAGUUACGUAAAUCGCGCUGGCCGCGAGGAUCAGGUGAUUCGCUUUUUCAAAGGCGAUAGGAAAUAAUUGAAGGUCGGUAAACAACGCGUUGGUAAGAAGCAAAUUGGAAGCUGUCAUCGGAAGUUAACGUUUUGUUUUGGGGGUACGAAUGAGGUUAUAUUUACGGUAAGAUAAAGUGUAAGAAGUUCGAAAGAGUUGGAUGUUAAUAGAAA